CCCCACAGAGAGGCCGUUUCGGUUUUUCCUCCCUUCCGGCUCUCGCCGCAGUGAAUGCUGGGAGUUGUCGUUUAUUCGCUCUUCCGGCACAGGCCUGGCUCCAGAGCUGGGCGCCGGAGGCCUGCACUCCCGCUCCCACAAUGCACAGCGCGCCCACCGAAGGUCGUAUGAGGAGGCGUCACUUCCGUAAACACGCUGGGCGACCGGUGAAACGGGAAGCUGCGCAGAUAAGAAAUUAGUCUGAGUGCAAUAGUUAACCAGCGGAAAUGGAAGAAAGGAAAAUCAAGAGGAGGAGCCCCAAAUCAUCCAGUAGUCACCCAACUCAGGUUGCUAAUGCCAAGAAAAAUUCUGUGCCGGUCAGUAGAAGUACAGCAUUUUCAAAUCCUGCACCACAAGCAAAUUCACAAAGACCAAAGUUAAAAAGAGGAAUAAAAGAAAAAGCCAAACCUCCAGGAGGGGAAGGAAAAGGGGCACAGGCAGCUCCAAUACAGCACUCUUUUCUCACAGAUGUAUCAGACGUUCAAGAGAUGGAGAGGGGACUUCUGAGCCUUCUAAAUGAUUUCCACUCUGGCAAACUUCAAGCAUUCGGAAAUGAGUGUUCCAUAGAACAGAUGGAACAUGUGCGGGGGAUGCAGGAGAAGCUAGCUCGCUUGAAUUUGGAACUCUAUGGGGAGUUGGAAGAACUUCCUGAAGAUAAAAGAAAAGUUGCCAGUGACUCCAAUUUGGAUAGGCUGCUAUCAGAUCUGGAAGAACUGAAUUCUUCUAUACAAAAACUUCAUUUAGCAGAUGCACAAGAUAUCCCAAAUACCUCCACCAGUUAAAAGUGUAGAUUUUUUUUUAUUUAGAGAUCUCUCCAGAAGUCAUGUCUUUAUUUUUCCAAUGGAAUCUAGAUUCUUACUCAUUUUCCACAACAGAAAAUUAAAGUGCAAAUACAAGUGAUUAUUUUCACACAUUCCUGUUAGCAGAUUUGAGCACUGCGAUAUAUCAGGGUUGGAAUCUAUUGAUCUAACUGCAAUGGUGUGCUGCUAUGCUUGUUUUAAUGCCUUAUUUAAUAUAAAGUGGGGAAAACUUGAAAGUACAUUCUCAGUGUUGUUCAUAUAUCUAUUGGAUUUAUAUAUGUACAUAUAAUAUGUUCACUAACAUUACUCCAAUUUUGACAAAGCUAGCAGUGAAGCUUUUUUGUAGCUGCCUUCCUGCCUAGUAUGUAGACAAUCUGCACACUCUUUAGUGUAUUUUGUUCACCAUUAAAUUAUGCCAUACACUAUGUUAAAAAGUGUAGCAUCUGUUUAAUUAUGCUCAGAGAAAGAGCUCUUGUAGGGUCUGAAUUUUUACAAAGUCAAUUUUUUCCCUUGCUCUGUCAACCACUUUAAAAUUUCACCCAGUUAGAAUUAGAAUACAUACAGGCAGCCCAUGUCAUUUGGUUUUGGCAAUUUUGAAUUCUCAGCAAUACUUAAACACUGUCACUCCAUAAUAAAUCCAUUCUAUACUACUUUGCUUUCCAUUAACUUCUUUUGUUUAGUAAAGUCUCCCUUUUUUGAGGGGUUAAGGGCUGUUCACUAUUUUUAGUUAUUUCAGGAGUGGAGAGAAUAAGCAACAAUAAACACUGACCUUCAACACAUGCCCAGUAACAAGAGGUCUGUUCCUAAAAAAUGCUUCUACUGGCAGGUUUUGUGGAGCACACGUUACUAUACAUAUUUCAGUACUGAAGAUGUUGUACUGAUGGAUUCACAGUUGACAAAGCAGGCCCAUAGCUAGCAAGCACAAAUCUACCCCACACAAAGUUCCUUUCAUACAAUCAAGCUGAAUCAUUGCUCCUGCCUUGUAGCAGCAUGAGCCCAAAUCCCAUACAAAUUGCAACAUUUCUUGAACAUGGACAGAGAGCCUGUGUUUGUGCAAAGACUGAUUACGUGAUGGCUCAAAACUUCUACCAGAGCAUGUGAAAAUGUGCACUCAGUGGUGCAUUUGUUCUAAUGUGUAGUUAAAC